AAAUCGCUGAUAAGAACUGAUUUUUAUUGAUUUGUAUUGAUUUUUCCUGGUUUUUAAUGUCAAUUCUAUCUAAACUAUCCCAAAUAUCCAUCAAAAGCGCCGUGCAAAGCAGCAAACACUGCUUUUCCAGCUAUCCAUGGCUUCACAAACCGAUUUCAAGGACAACAAUACUCAAAACAUGGCGAAUUUGUGGGUUUGGAGCCGGUUUAGGAGCUGUAACCCUACGAAAAGCGGCAUGUGCUCCGAAAUUGAGCAAACGCAUCGACCAUUUGAGGACGACGGAGGAUCAGAAUGCGUCAAUGACGGCCGGAGAGCUGUGGAAUUUGAUUAAACCCUUUUUCGGCUGGUUUUUCGCUGCAGUUGUGUGCGCCAUCCUCUCAGCCUACAUCAACAUUCAAAUUCCACUAUGCCUGGGCGAUUUGGUGAACGGAAUCGUGAAAAUCAUCAAGGACGAGUCGAACAAUUUACGAUCUCAUUUUGAACAGCUCAAGCCAUCUGCUCUGCACUUAAUGACACUAUAUGUUGCACAAUCUGCUCUCACAUUUCUUUAUAUCACAUUUUUAACGGUUCUCGGAGAACGAAUGGCGACGAAAAUGCGGUCGGACUUGUUUCAGAAGCUAUUGCACCAUGAUAUGGCAUUUUUUGAUUCUCAUAAAUCCGGUGAACUAUCAGCUCGCCUGAACGCCGACGUCCAAGAAUUCAAGAGCUCAUUCAAGCUCUGCGUUAGCCAGGGACUCCGAACAUUUGCUCAAACAAUCGGAUGUAUUGGAUCUUUGUACUUUUUGUCACCAACAAUGACAAUGUACACUGUAGCGGUGGUUCCGGGCAUUAUUCUAGCCGGAAGUGCAAUUGGAGCCGGCUUACGGCAGUUGAGCAGAAGAGCCCAAGGCCAAUCGGCAACCGCAUCCGCCGUAUCAGACGAAGCUCUCACAAAUAUCCGAACAAUCCGGGCUUUUGCAAUGGAAAAGCUUGAAUCGCGGCUUUUCGAUAAUGAAUUGGAUAAAGCGAGAGCUAUGCAAGAGCAACUUGGCGUUGGGAUAGGCCUGUUUCAGGCCGGAACUAAUCUUUUCUUGAAUGGAAUGAUUUUGUCAGUGCUUUAUGGUGGUUCCAAUUUGAUUUCCAAGGGCGAGAUGACACCCGGCGCCCUAAUGAGCUUCUUGGUAUCCGCUCAAACAAUCCAGAGAUCUCUAUCCCAACUAUCAAUCAUCUUCGGAACAGCAAUCAAAGGAUGGACUGCUGGUGGACGAGUUCUUCAAUUCUCUCGUCUUGAACCAUCUAUCCCAAUGGAUACAGGUGUCUGUAUUCCGUAUCAUUCACUUUGGGGUGACAUUAAAUUCGAAGACGUCUCGUUUUCCUAUCCAACACGGCCCGGCCAUACGGUGUUUGAAAAUCUGACGCUGAGUAUUCCAGCUGGACAAGUUGUCGCACUUUGUGGUCCCAGUGGAGAAGGCAAAAGCACAAUAACCCAUCUGCUCGAGCGUUUCUACGAGCCAAAAUCCGGCAGAGUUACACUAGAUGGACGGGAUCUUCGUGAGCUCAACGUUGAAUGGCUCCGCGGUCAAGUGAUCGGGCUCAUCUCACAAGAGCCCGUGCUGUUUGCAACGUCAGUCGAGGAGAACAUUCGAUAUGGACGACCAGACGCCACGGAUGAAGAGGUUCGCGAAGCUGCCCGGGCCGCUCAUGUGGAUGAGUUUGUGUCCAGGUUUCCGAGUGGAUAUUCGACUGUUGUUGGGGAACGCGGAGCACAGCUUUCUGGCGGUCAAAAGCAGCGAAUCGCAAUCGCCCGAGCCAUCCUCAAAAAUCCCCCAAUUCUGAUUCUCGACGAAGCCACCUCUGCACUGGAUUCCCAUUCGGAGCACAUGGUACAAGAGGCGUUGAAUAAUGUGAUGAAGGGCCGAACUGUGCUCAUUAUUGCUCAUCGAUUGAGCACAAUUCGAUCGGCUCAGAUGAUUUAUGUGAUUAAGGAUAAGAAGGCAUUGGAAUCCGGAACCCAUGAGCAGUUGAUGGCGAAGAAAGGAUCGUUGUAUAGGAAACUGGUAGAAGCACACAAUGUGGAUUCUUAGAAUACGGCAUAUAUUUAGGAUUUUUUUUUUGUUUUUUAUUUAAAUUUUAGUAGAAAUAUUAAAGAUUUAUAUC